AAGUAUUUUAUUUGAUAGGAACAACGAAAAAUGUAUCGAGUAACAUUCACCUCCAGCAUUUUGUUUGCUUUUGUUGUGUUGUCUCGUUGUCAUAGCAACUGUCAAAAUUAUCUUGGCGAUUUUGAAAGUUGUGUUGGAACACAUUUACAUUUCUUGAAGAGUAGAAUUGUAGCUCUGGAUGAACAGAUUGGAAGACUGUCGUCUACGAACCAAUCGAAAAGCUUCACAGCUUUCCAGGCUCAGCUCAGCUCUGACAGAAUCUUCAAUGGUGGUUCAAUAUGGAAAUAUGACCAAGUUCUGACAAAUGUGGGAGGUUGCUACAAUCCGGUCACGGGGAAGUUUAUUGUGCCUAGAAAUGGCGUCUACUUAUUCACGUGGUACAGUCUCAGUGCCCCAGGAAAAUUUGCACAUCCGGGAUUAUUUGUGGAUGGGGUUAUUAAAGGGAGACAGGCGUCAUAUAAUAAAGGUGGAGGAAAUAAGUGGAUAACGACUGGAAGCACUUUGAUUCUAAAAUUGAGAAAGGGAAAUGUCGUAUAUAUCAUGGAUGCUCAUGGUUCGAAUUCGCAAGUGUCGGGUGGAUGGACAGCUUUUGGUGGUGUGCAAGUUAGUUAAAAACAGUAA